UAAAGAGACUUUUUGUUAUGCAAAAUAGUUCGUCUAAAUAGCCCCCGGGCAACGCAGUUCUGAGCAGAGAAUCACCGGGACCGCGCGUCGGACACACAACAGCGGGCAAGCGGACAGAGUUUCUGAGUCAAUUUUACCCGUCCAAACGUCAGGAGUCAGCCUUGCCAAAAAAAAGCCACAGCGGGACGCGUGAGCCGCAUUUCCUGAGGUAAAUCACCGAAUAUAACGGCCCCUCAAUGCGCUUAACCGGAGACGCCGUCGUUCACACAGUCAAUUACUUCAAAACCUGCUGCAGCUGAGGGACCCUUUUGAACUUCUCUUGUUAGGUCUUUGGAUGUACUAGCCACUGACUGCAUUUACACACCAAGUGUGUCUUUUAUUUGUCCUUUCUGGAUAUACGCUCGCCUCAUUUCUAGUCUCGAGUGCCUCUGGUUUUAAUCCAAUACAGCUUCAAACAUCAUGAGCCAGGCGGAGAUAUCGACGUGCUCGGCGCCUCAGAGAGUUUUCCAGGAGGCGGUGAAGAAAGGCAACACGAAAGAGCUCCAUUCACUGCUGCAGAACAUGACCAACUGCGAGUUUAACGUCAAUUCCUUCGGGCCCGAGGGACAGACGGCGCUGCAUCAGUCGGUCAUCGACGGCAAUCUGGAGCUGGUUAAACUGCUGGUGAAAUUCGGAGCCGAUAUUCGGCUGGCGAACCGGGAGGGCUGGAGCGCGUUACACAUCGCCGCUUUCGGAGGACAUCAAGACAUCGUCUUAUACCUCAUCACCAAGGCCAAGUACUCGUCCGGUGCGCGGUGAUCCGGGUCAAUGCACACGUAGGAAAGAUCGAAGUUCCCUUGUACCUGAAACCAAACGAGGUCCUUGUCGGGCUACUUCUUUCCACGGUCAAAUCCACAGAUCCACGAUGUGAAACUGAAACGCACAGUGUUUUACGUGCGUUGGUACUAAAGCUUUUGAUUGAAUGUUGAAGUCAUCAGAUCUGGACUGUGUGGCUUUACCCGGGGCUUGACCUAUUGACCUGUCCACCGAUGCGACCGCUGGAGAAAUCAAGAUGGCACUUGAUGCUGUGGCUGAAUGCUGGAAUAUUUGAAAGGGAGAGAGGUGAACUCCAGGACAUCAUCCUCUAUUCUGGCUAAACACUGUCUUUUUUUUAAAACAAACCUUACUUAUGUCGUUUCAUCAAUCAAAUCACGUGGCAUGCGGCGGCGUUGAUGAGCAAUGCUAAACUAUGUCCUCGACAUAACAACUGACUUGUUCUUAAGUACUGUACACAUAGCUUUACCGUGUUUCAAUGUAAAAGUAGUCCAUUGCGCUCUGCCUUCACCUAGCAGAUUGCUUUUUACACAGCUUUCAGGCCAGUGCGACCCAUGUUUAACGUGUUACUAAAAACCGCUGCUUUCGCCUUUUUUGUAUCAAAACAUCAGGAAAGUCGCAUUUGGGACACACUUUAUAAUCUUCUUUCAGUAAUUUAAUUAACACCCUGGUCAUCACUGUGAAUACAGGCUGGGUUUGCUUUUGUUUCUUUAUUUAUGAAGGUACAAUGAGAUGAUGCAUUUUAAAUUAUGUUGUGCUUAUUUUUAAGUGUAAGAGUAUGUAGGGUGACCUAAAGCUGCUUCGGACUCAUUACAGGCUAAACUGUCCCGUGUGGAGAUUCUGUGCCACGGCCCCCCACGUGUAAACUUUUUUUUUUCCCCCGGGAAAAAAAACGUCACCUUCUACCAUUAUUCUGGUUCUCUGCAUCAGCUACCUCGACUUGAAAGUAUUCGACAAUAUCAGAUAUAUCCUCUCCUUUUCCAUGCCUUCUCAUGAACUAGUUACCCUCUAGCACUCAUUUUAACUGGGCGAAAAAAUCUAUUAGGCCUCAUUUUUGGCGAUUCUCUUUUUCUUUUCUUCCAAAUCUUAACUCGGGACAAUUUAUCUCCACAACCAAAAUUAAGAUCGAUUGGUUAUUAAUUAUUUUAAUUUUUUUUGUUCUUUGCCAAGCAUGGUUGAGACAUUUUAACGUUUUCUUUCAGCCAAUCGCUUAAUAGUGCAUUUCCAUUUUGUUUCGAUUAUUCGUUAAAAAGCGAAAUGCAUCGCAUGACUAUUAAAUGCAGGGAGUUUUGUUGCACAUAAAAAGUGGAGCCUUUUGCGACCCCUAGUGCCUGUUCGGGUAACUGCAGGAGCCGAGGCUUACGAAAAGUUACUACUGAGCAGGACUAUAUGAACAUUACUAUUGAGAAGAAGACUAUGACUUCUGUUGCAGGAAACAUCGACAGAUUCGUUCAAAAGACUGCCUGCUACCUUUAAGAGUCAUGGCACCUGAUGUUUGUUUCAAUGCUGCUUUUUAUAACGGUGAGUGAAUGAGGACAAAUAUCAUUAAGUCCAUUCGUGAGAAGCCUCAUGCAGUUGAGCGGGUGUAAGUAUGCAUGUGUGUGAUUGUGCUUAUGUGUCCAGCCCCCCCACCCACACUCACUCACUCCUGGUUAAACUGUUUCCAACCAGGGACUAUCAACUCCUACACCUGGAGAUGCAACAGAUGUGAUUCUCAUGAUCAUCUUACUUGAUGGUAUAGGCAGAACAAAUAUGCAUCGCUUGUCUUAAACUUGAUAUUUUUACUCUUGUGGAAAAUAUUGCACUGAUGACUGUUGUUAAUUCGUUGACUUCAGGUCGACAUUUUAUUUUUCUAAAUAGAAAAAAGGAACACAACAAAAUACUAUUGUAUAAAAAAUCUCCAGGUUAUAUUGUUUCUUUUUGUGUAUGUUACAUUGUAUAACAUUAUGUUUGCAAAGAUGUUUGUAUCUCUGUGAUCGGGUGUAUGUGUAUACAUAUAUAGGCUAUAUAUAUAUAUAUAUACACAUAUAGACGCUGAUAUCUCUGAGCACUUUCUUAUUUGAAGUGCUCUCCUCCUGAUGUUAAUAAAGGGGAAUAAUACUUGUGAUGGUAAGAUCAUUGUAACGAAAAUAAAUUGCACGAUGUAUAGUUGUUUUAUCCCACCAUUUGUCAUAACAUUUAUGACAUGGGGGGUUAAAUGAUUGGAUAGGUGUAUAUGAAUGAGCAAAAGUGCUGAUUUAUUUUUCUGUUUUGUUUUGUUUGUGGACCAAGUAAUUUUUCAUCUUGUGUCUUCAGCGAACAAAAAUGUUUUAAUGAGUAAUGCGAAUGUUCUUUAGCUUUUCUUUUUUGUUUGUAUGUCAGUUUUUUGUGUGUAUUUUUUUUUUUUUUUUUUGAGCAUUUGUAACACUGUGAUUCAUACGUGAUGAGAAAAUGAGUGCUGUAAUAUUUUUUGUUGUAUGUGUGUGUGCGUUUAAGCCAGUAAAGAAAUCAUUAAACCUUCUUCAGUGUGAACGUUUCUUUCUUGCUCUUUCAAGAAUUAGGCUGGUUUGGGCCUCCUCUCCUCUCUGGGCCAAC